CCAACUCCUCCUUUACUCUCCACAGCUUCCCUUCACUUCUUUCUUGAAUCUAUCCUUUUAGGGUUAGUUUUUUCAGUCUCGGUUUACAAUGGCUGACGUUGGCGGUUCAGCUUCUUCAAGGAGGAUGCGGUGUUCGGUUCCUGAAAGAUUCCAACUGCACUUGGCCAUGUUGGCCUUGCAGUUUGGUUAUGCUGGGUUCCAUGUGGUCUCUAGGGCUGCCCUAAAUAUGGGAGUUAGCAAGCUUGUUUUCCCAGUAUAUAGGAACAUCAUCGCUUUGCUUCUGCUGCUUCCCUUUGCAUAUUUUCUAGAAAAGAAGGAGAGGCCAGCGCUCACUCUCAACUUUGUCCUUCAGUUCUUCUUCCUUGCACUUGUUGGAAUAACAGCAAACCAAGGAUUCUACUUGCUCGGUCUGGAGAACACUUCACCCACCUUCGCAUCAGCAAUCCAAAACUCUGUCCCUGCUAUUACCUUUCUCAUGGCAGCUCUACUCCGGAUAGAGAAAGUGAGGAUAAACAGAAAAGAUGGAAUAGCAAAAGUACUAGGAACUAUCUGCUGUGUAGCAGGGGCCUCAGUGAUCACUCUAUACACAGGUCCAGUG